AGACAAGAACUAGAGAGGCAUGUGUUUGUGUCUAGUUUGGCUUUCUCCUCCAAAUUUGUCUUAGUCUCAUCUUUCUACGUAAUGAAACAAAGCUUAUACCGUUCUUCAUCCAUCACAACUUGCAAAUAAUACCAAAAGAAUUUUUUUAUCUCGUAGCCUUUGAUAGAUUCAUAAUCAAGAAGACAAUGGUAACAUAUGAGUUGCAUUAAACUCAAUGUAAGUAAAAUUUAUUUCCUAGCUUUUGAUGGAUUCAUAAUCAAGAUAAUGGUAAUAUAUGAGUUGCGUUAAACUUAAAUGUAAGUAAAUUUUUCAACUGCUUUUACAAAACUCUUAGGACGCUACACCUACAUUCCUUGAUGGGUAUCUAUGAGACUCGAGAAACCUACCAUAACAACUAAGGCUUCUAUAGGUUUGAACUUCUCAUAGAAAAUCAGAGGACCUACAAGUUUACAUCUUUCGUUUACUUUCACGGGUCUUUGCAUCAAAGUAAUGUAUUCAAUGUUUUCAUACAAGGCCACAUGGUUGUGUUUCUCACUAGAUGUUUUGAUCCACAAGUUGUUUAGUUGAUUACUAACUUGGGACCCUUUAGACAAGAAGCAUGUGUUUGUGUCUGCUUUGGUUGCUCUUGAUAAGUUCAUCUAAACUCUAGUAGUUUCUCCUUAUAUAUAAUGCAACAAGCCUAUCGCAUUCUUCAUCAAUCAUAACUUGCAUUCAGAGACCUCCACAAGAAACUAAAAAUCUUUUUUUUUCUUCGUUCCUUUCUUAAAACAUAUUUUCCUUAAAAAUAAUGAUGAACACAAAGAAGCUAAUGAAGAUGGCCAAGAAAUGGCAACAAAGAGCAGCCCUCCACAGGAAAAGGAUCUCAUUUCAAAAAACAAGUACUGCUACUAGCUCAACCGCUGCAGAGAAUGGCUGUUUUGUUGUUUACACGGUAGGUAAAACCCGCUUUGCUUUUCCUUUAAGUUACCUGAGCAACUCUAUUUUUCAAGAGCUCUUGAAGAUAUCUGAAGAAGAGUCCGGCAUCCCUACGGAAGGACCAAUCACCUUGCCAUUCGACUCGGUUUUCUUGGAGUAUCUAAUUAAAUUGGUCCAACGACGAAUGGAUGAAGACACAGAAAAGGCUCUGCUAAUGUCAAUCUCUAGUGCUAAGUGUUCUUCACAAUGCUCUUUGCAACAACAAGAACCAAAUACUCAACAGUUGCUUGUAUUUUAGAGUUUCCAAAGUGAAGAUAGAUACUUUUGUAAAGCUUCAGAUUUUUUGUAUACUUGAUACAACACAAAAAUGACUAUAUAUGGCUUAAAUUUGCUUCUAUACACCCUUCUCUACUAAAAUCUACUUAAA